AUGACAGAAGUGAAGAGAGAGGUGUUCGGGCAGAUGCCCCGGGCGGAAGGAGGAGGAGUGGUGGAAAAGUUCGUCUUAAAGUCAGACAGCGUGAAAGUGGAGAUCCUGUCCUUAGGGUGCAUAAUCGCCGCUCUGGAGACAAAAGGCAGGGAUGGGGAGUUUUCAGAUGUUGUCCUAGGCUUUGACACUUUGGAAGGUUACAUGAGGGAGCACCCCUACUUCGGCGCCACUGUGGGGCGUGUGGCCAACAGGAUUGCGAAGGGGAGGUUCACUGUGGACGGGAAGGAGUAUCAGCUGUUCCUCAACAAUGGGCCCAACAGCCUGCAUGGAGGAGCCAGGGGAUUUGACAAGGUUCUCUGGAGCCCCCAGGUCCUCCCAAAUGGCGUCUGUUUCUUCCGGCUCAGCCCCGACGGUGAGGAAGGCUACCCUGGUGACCUGAAAGUCUGGGUGACCUACACGCUCAGCGGUGGGGAGCUGGCCAUCAACUAUCGAGCCCAGACCAGCAAGACGACACCCAUCAACCUGACAAACCAUGCGUACUUCAACCUCGCAGGGCAGGGCUCACAGGAUAUCUACAACCAUGAAAUUUCUAUUGAAGCAGAUUCCUACCUGCCUGUGGACGAGACCAAGAUCCCUACUGGGGAGGUGGCCGCCGUGCAGGGCACCAGCUUCGAUCUCCGGCAGCCCGUGGAGCUGGGGAAGCACUUGCAGAAGUUUCACCUGGAUGGUUUCGACCACAACUUCUGCCUGCAGCAGGCGCAGGCUCGACGCCUCGUGGCCAGGGCUCGCCACCCACCCAGUGGCAGGGCCAUGGAAGUUCACACCACCCAGCCUGGCAUCCAGUUUUACACUGGAAACAACCUGGAUGGCUCCUUGAGGGGCAAAGGCGCUGUUGCAUACCCUAAGCACUCGGCUUUCUGCCUGGAAACCCAGAACUGGCCUGAUGCUGUCAACAAGCCCCACUUCCCCAGCGCCCUACUCCGGCCAGGAGAGGAAUACAACCACACCACAUGGCUUGUGUUCAACGCCGCUUAAGGAAAGG